UAGAAGUAUAAGUACAUGACUCUUGCCUUUUCUUUCCUCACCACCGAUCGUCGUUUACAUCGCACAGUCUUUUUAUUUUAUUUUUUAGAAACAGCCUCUCUGCUUGUCCCGUCAUGAAGUCCUCUCUCUUCCUCGGAAGCGCUUUUACUUCAAUUGUUCUGGCAGAUGUCUGCAACCGUGACAACGUCUUGAGAUGUCUUGUUGCAAGCUCCGCUGACCAAAAGUGUCACCGCCACAGCUCCGACUUCAACCUCAAUAGUUACCUCACUCACUUCGACUGCCGUCUCAACCACCCUGUUAACCACUACGACCACCACCGCAACCGCACCAGCAGUCACCACCACCUGUACAGAUGUUUUUGGAGGCUCGCACAAGUACACUCGCUACUACAAAGGCAGCGGCUUCACCGAGAACAACAACAACCCCGGUAACCCAGGCGACAACUCCUCACGCCCUCCAGUAUCUAACCAACUAACGAAAAACAGCUAUAUACAGGAACAGGUAUGUACAGGAAGUGGUGCAGGGCACCAGGGUAAGGUGGGUGGUCGAAAAGUGCUCUGAAGAGUGCAAGAGUGCUUGAGCAAGUAAGGAGAGCAGAGAAGGGGC